AUGAUAGAUAGCUAUGAGAAGGAAAUCAUCAUGCUCAAAGGAAAGGUAGAUAGCUAUGAGAAGGAAAAUAUCAAGCUCAGAGGAAUGACAGAUAGCUAUGAGAAGGAAAUCAUCAUGCUCAAAGGAAAGGUAGAUAACCAUGAGAAGGAAAAUAUGAAGCUCAAAGGAAUGAUAGAUAGCUAUGAGAUGGAAAUCACCAUGCUCAAAGGAAAGGUAGAUAGCUAUGAGAAGGAAAAUAUCAAGCUCAGAGGAAAAGUAGAUACCUUUGAAAAGGUAUUUAUCAUGACCCAAGUUCAUUUGAUAGACAAUAGGAACGAAAAGACUAAACUGGUAGAUGAGUUGGCGAGUUGUCAGCAAGAAUUGGGGAGGAGACGCACCCCAACAGAUCUGUUGAAACCUGAGCCUCCAAGAGAUGGAACUCCCAGAAAGUCGAACCCAGCGCGCCAUCGACGACAUAGAACGGUCCCACCCUUUUCCCUUUCUGAGCGAAAAGUCGAGACUAAGGAUCACGCUACCCAGGUUUCGUCAUCUGAAUGCAACAGCCGUCCCAUUGCAGACCAGAUUCUGUGUUUCCCUUAUGGUAUGGUAGUAAAUGUAUAUCUCCCAAUACCAACACACUCGCACGCAAUUCUCACUGCAGCUGCUUUUCCUCCAAUUCAAAUUUCAGGAACAGCCAGUGUUUCCACUGAAGAUUAG